UUUGGUAUAUAAGCGCUGGGCUGUUCAGUGUUAAAUCAGUUCAACAUUUACCACUUUAUCUUGAGUCAACAUGAAAUUCAUUCUGAUCCUCGCUUGCCUGUCUGUCUAUGUGGCCACCCUUGAGGCGCAGCGGACCUGCAAGGGUGCAGUGCCGGAUAGAUUGACGAUUUGUGUGGGAUCCAAAAACGUAGGCCGAAACAACACUCGAUCCUGCCGUCAGAAUGCCAAUUCCAAGAUGUGGUGGUACGACAGCAGAUCCCGUUCCUGCAAGAAGUUGGCCUACAAGGGCUGCGGCGGCAACAACAAUCGCUACUGCACCCGCCAAGCCUGCCGCAACAAGUGCAGAAGGAACUGA